UAGGUACUGUAUAUAGGGUGGUGAAAAAAUGUGCGCGUACAAACAUAACCAAGCAAAAUAGGGAGAAUGAAUUAAAUAGGAGGAUAAAAUGGAAAAGAGAUUCAAAAGAUACUCAGUUUAUUAUUAAGAAUUAAUUGCCGAAGGAUUAUAUGCUACUUGAAAGGUGUGAAACAUGGAUAACACCGAAUUAUUGUUCUUCGAUACUUUUUCCCACGACAUCUCGGAGGAAUUAAAUCUGGAUUUAGUACAAUUUCCCAAACCUGUUUAUAUCAGCGAAGUGAGAAUAAUUCCAUUAGGUGCACGUGUGCAAGCAGACUUUCCAGGAGGAGUGCGACUUGGAGCAACCAAUCCCUCUCAAUUCGAAAUUGAGUUUUUCGUGAACGAUCUCAGUAAACCUGGAGCUUCCACGUUUGAGUUUUUGGGUAGCUUGGAAUACAAACAAAACAUCCACAUUCAACUGGAAUGCGAGCGGAAGCAGAUACCAACCGAUGGCUUGGUUCUAAGAGGAUGGUACACCACUAUAACGCUGGCUGUGUAUGGCACGUUGACCAAAUCCCUAAACAAUCCUCAGGAAGUCAUAAGUUCAGCGGCUGGAUCUACCACUUGUGUUAGUGUGCACGAAGAGAAUACUGAGAACACUGCUCAAGUUUCCUCCGAACAGCAAUCUGACUGGACGUAUUAUGAGAAUCCACAUCCAACGAAUUCACUGGAAACAUGCGUGACUGCGACUCCACCGCCUCCGGUUCAACCAAUUCAGGUGGUGGAACCAUCCAGGACAUCAAUAUCGGACACUGGAAAGGCGGAAUCGGUGCAAUGGGAGGACGAGACGUCGAGCGCGGGCGAGAAGACCUCGAAGCGACCUUCGUCUCCUCCCACGGAAUCCCUAAUUUCCCUGAGCCCCGAAUCCAUCUCCGCCGAGGAGGAAGAAGCGGAGCAACAGGAAGCGGGCGAGCAGGAAACCGGCGAGCCCUUCGAGCCUAUAUUAUCGGACGAGGAUAUAAUGACCGACGACGUUCCGCCUGCGAUCGAGUUCGAGUGCGAGGCCUCGUCGCAAAUCGACGAGAUCUAUACCCUGGCGCCGCCGGAUCUGCUGAAUCUGGAGAAGCUGGAGAACCUAGAAGAGCUAUGCGCGAACCGCGAGAUCCUGUCGAGGAUCAAGGAGCUCCUGCAGUCCCUGUCGAAGUCGGUCUCGCAUUUCCAUAACGCGUCUGGUCAGGAGAAAGAGACCUUCGUCCACAACUGCGAGACUUUAUGCGCCAUCCUGGGUCCUUUUGACCCCAACCUGGACGAUCUCGAGAACUUGACCAGCGUGGUUAACGCCGGCCUGGAUAUGGAACUCGCUAAAGCUCAACCGCAGCCUGCGUACAAGGUGCGCCAUGUGAAGGUCGGCGUUCGCUUAGCGGAGGCGCUCUGUCGUUUGUCGAAGGGUCCGGAGAUCCUCCUCAAGGUCGAGGCCCCGUCCAAGUUACUGUCGCUUUGCAUGCGCGAGAAUGUCGCUCUGCCGGUGAAGCUCUCCGCUCUGCGAGCCCUCGACGCGGCGCUGAUCAGCCCGGUGAUCGUCCAGGAGUUCCUGAACUCGAGGAGCUACCUCUACAGCGAGGCCUUGACGAUGCUGGACGCGAUGAAGCUCGCCCGGCUCAAGUAUGCUCUCGGCUCGCUCCUCCGCAAGGUCCACGUGUACAUGUACCUGGAAGAGGUGAGGGAACCCGACGAGGUAGGCCUGACGGAACUGAUGAACGCUUACGUCUGCGCCCCGACGUUGAUGGCGCAGCCUAGACGCCAACUCCCGGCCGGCGCGCAGAUGGAGUUCGAGCGGGAACGUGCCCGCAACCCUCGCGCGCACCUGAUAGCCUACUUCGAGCACCACAAGCUAAUCUACCGGCUCUUGCUAGUACUGUCCUCUCCCGACUCCGACCUGAAGACGAUCAGGCUGAUCCGGCGUUUCCUCCUGCAGCUCUCCGACACCAAGGAGGGCCUGUACUACCUGCUGAAGGAGACCGAGGCGGUUCGCUUGAUCCUGAAGGCCUUGAAACCCGAGCUACCCGGGGUCGGUUGCGUCCUAGCGUGGCGUCUUCAGGUCGCCCAGUGUCUGAUCCGCCUGAAGCAGAGCUCGGACUGGACGAUCCUGAAGAGACUGCACUCCUUCCUCGCCUUCCCCGAGGGUUUGCGCGCCAUUGUCGCGGUUCUACCUCUGGGCGACUUCAUAGACACCCUCGUCCUCUUCCUCUCGGACUCGAAUCUCUGCGAGUUCGCCGCCGAGCUCAUCUCCGCCAUCGUGCGCUACUCCGACCGAGUGGAGAUCUUCCAGAAUCGAGCGGAGCUUAUCCUGGAGAAAGCUCGGGAGCACGCGGUUCUCAGAGACGUGGUGCCGUACCUGACCACCGCGGCCCAGGCUUCUCACUGGGAUUACAACGAUGUUUCUCUCCUGGUGGCCGGCAUCAAAAAGAGCGCGGAGAAGGCCGCGUCGCUGCCCGGCCAGCUGGUCACCGCCUGCAGGAUCCUGUAUUACCUCGUCUUUUCGUACAACCACGACGUCGAUCCCCUGGAACCGUACGUCGAGCUCAAGUACAGGAAUGCCCUGACCCAGCUCUUCGCUGCCGACGGCCUCACCGCCCUGGUCGCCGUCAUGGCGAACGUGUCCGAGUUCUACGAGCAACCGUUCCUCCAUCGCGCCGCCCUGACGGGUCGCAGAAAAAUGGCCUUGAUCGCCCUGUUGCUGCCCUGCGUGAAGCUGACCAGAGCGCUGCUCGAGAGACUCAUCAAGUGCAUGGCGACGGACUUCAAGGACCUCACGGCCGUGGUCCCGCUGCUCGGGGUCUACUCCUUGAUCGAGGCCAUCCCGGCUAACCCGACGAUGCGGAGCCUGUCCGAGGAGAUUGUGGGCACGCUGCUGGUGUUCACCCAAGCCGUCGAUUCCGACGGCUCGGGCAACGUGGCUAAGUCAUUGUGGACCCAGAUGCUCGGUGAGGUCCUGAAGAUGGUCUCCCUGCGGCCCUGUAAUUUUGUACCGGGUCUGAAGCUGCUGAGCCGUCUGCUGCCGCCUGUUCUGACGCCGAUGGAGACCGCUACAGAAGACGCGACGAGGAUCCUGGGUCUGCGGAAGCUCUGGUCGGCGCACCUUCAAGCUCAAGCCGCGAACCUCACCGAGACCCUCCGGCUGCUCUGCGCCAGUUGGAACAGAGACGUUCUGUUGCUUCUAUCGACGGUUUGUAAGCAACUGAGCGACCUGGCGGCGCCGACGGCUCUUCUAGUCGGGAGAUGUCUGUUGGAUGGGAUCCUAGCGGCCGCUCCUGUAGAAAAUAACAUUCCUAUCCUGGCUCUGAUCAGCGAUCUGGCCAGACACGCGCCUAUGAAGGCGACCUUGCUGACCCUGACCAGCCCCGCGUCCAGGGCGCAGGUGAAGUCCGAUCAGAAGUACCCGCCGGUCAUCGAGAUGAUGUGCUCGAUCCUGAAGAGCAGCGGCGACGUGCACGCGCAACGCGAGAUCCUCGGCAUCUUCGAGACCCUGUGCGACUGCGGCCUCAGCCUGGUGCAGGAGGACGGCGAGUCCUUCGAGAAGAGACUGACGCACUCGGUGCCCAGCAAGGAACCUCUUCUGUCCAUCCUCGCGGCGCUGAUCGAGAUCCUGGCGACCAGCACCAAGUUCCAGCUGGACGUGGUGGAGGACACGCUGCACAUUCUCCUGUCUCUCGUCGGCCACAACUACGGCCUGUACCACGUGAAGAGCUGCCUGGAGAACAAUCCCGGCGCCUUGCGCGCGCUUCUGGACCACGUGUCCACCCUGGAGAACCCAGAAACGAAUCCCAUCGCGGGCUUAACCGUGACCUUUCUGGAGAACCUGAUCGCCUCCGACUCGGAACGGAGAUCCUUGCAUCUGCGGACGCAACAACUGGCGUCGUUGAUCUCCUGGGAGAAAAGCGACCAUCCCCUGGAGAAGCUGAAGCGCGCGGAGGAGUUGGCGGAGACCCUGAAGACCGCCGAAGAGAAAGAGGAGAAGGAACCCAUCCCGGAGAUGUUGGAGCCUCUACUGCCGACGCCGGAAGCCCUCCUGAACCAAUUCUCGCAGAGAGGCGCGAUCACCAGCCCAUCUCGAGCCAAGAAGUUUGUAUUCGCGACGGCUAAUCAGAUGCAGGCGGAAAAUACGGUGGACCUGCUGGCGCUGGCUACCGAACUGCUACCUGCGGACUUUAAUUUACUAGCGGAAGCGCAAAACCUGUGCUCCAAGACGCCGCCUGACGACGCCACGCAGCCUGUCCAGUCGAAGCCGCAGGACGAGAACCAGGAAAGCAGAACGGAGAAACAGACUUCGCCUAUGGUUAAAUCGAAACAGCCAUUCGUGACACCGGUACGAGGUCGCACACAGUUCGCCAAUCCACUGCGAGGUGGUCCUGUGGGUGGCGGGGUCGGAAGAGGAGCCGAUCCCUUCCGGUCGAGACCGCCCAACACUUCCAGACCGCCGUCCCUUCACGUGGACGAGUUCGUGGCGCUAGAAACUUGCGGGGCCCAGCCGACAGGUCCUACCGGAUACAACAAGCUCAGCAUUCGCGGAAGCUGUCCGUCGCGCGCGAUCAGCGGCGGCGGUAGAAGUCGACCUUGGACGCAGGAGACGCGUCCUCCUUACCUUCGCUGACUCCUCGAGCCUCUUCAUUUCACAUAUGUAUAUAUUUGCGAGCGUGUUGACAACAAUUUAUCAAUCCUUUCGAAAAUUUUCCUGACAAUACAAUCAAUUCUCCGACGAAUUGUCUUGUAUCUUCUGCCACUUCGGAUACUGCUGCUCGAAUUGCUCGAUGUUCUUCUCCAGUCGCUUUAGUUUUCGUAAUCUGUAUAGUCCCUGUAAUAAAAAAAUAUUUUUUAAAUUUAUUAAAUA